UGAGCUUGUUCGUUGGAUUUGGAGGUUGUUGUGUACUCAAGAACGAAGGUAGAUCAUGGCACGUACCAAGCAGACUGCCCGAAAAUCCACUGGAGGAAAGGCUCCUUGCAAACAGCUUGCUACCAAGGCGGCCAGGAAGAGUGCUCCCUCUACAGGUGGUGUAAAGAAGCCCCAUCGAUACAGGCCAGGUACAGUUGCCCUCCGUGAAAUCCGGCGUUAUCAAAAAUCAACAGAGCUUCUGAUCUGCAAGCUACCUUUCCAGCGCUUGGUAAGGGAAAUUGCCCAGGACUUCAAGACUGACCUGCGAUUCCAAAAUGCAGCUAUUGGAGCCCUGCAGGAAGCCUGUGAGGCCUACCUGGUUGGUCUGAUUGAAGAUACCAACCUGUGUGCAAUCCAUGCCAAGAGGGUGACCAUAAUGCCCAAAGACAUCCAGCUUGCCCGCAGAAUACGGGGAGAAAGGGCCUAAGUGGUUUUUAUGGGAUCAAUCUUUGUUUUUGUUUUUUGUAGUAAACUAUGUACCAUA